AUGGGUCCUUAUAGCACUUUAGCAAGAAACCUUUCCACCAUGAAUGCAACAUCAAUAUCAGAAGCAAAUAGUUUAAGAAACUUGAGUUCUCCAGUUCCUUACAUCUUUGGUGGCUUAGCUUUCAUUCUUGGAGUUAUAACCAUAGCACUACUCCUCAUAGCUUGUUCAUUUUUUAAACAAUAUUCAUCUUCUACCUCACCUAAUGAUGAAGAUAAAUCAUCCAACAUGCAUGUGAUGGAUAUGGAUCAGGUGAAUUUAGAGCCAAAGAUUGUUGUGAUUAUGCCUGGAGAGAGUAAUCCUACUCAUUUGGCUAAGCCACUUUCAUCCAUAAGCCAUAUUUAG